GGUUUCACUGAAAGUAUGACUCGCCUGGCUUUUACUUUUCGUAAAAGCGGAUUGCUCAACCAGCGACAACAGGGCUGUGAGAACUUCGGACGCCGUGUUGGUGGCACGUUGCGCGGAGAGAAAACAGGAAUCCGUGCAGACAGCAAUCAUCAUCACCACGUGGACGCGCGCGCGAUACCUCCCACCCCGCGUGACACGCGCAGCAGCAGCCUCCCGGGACUGUAUAAAAGCCCUCUGUCACCGAUCAGGGAGCACGGAGGAAGCACAACCGCUCAGGUGUAUCUAACAAUCAUGAAGGCUGUAGCUCUGAUUCUUGCUCUGGCAGUCAUCACCGGCUGCAAUGCCCGUGCUGUGCGCCAGGCCGACGCCACCCCACUCAGCUGGGAGGACUCGGUGGAUCGCUUCUGGCAGUCCAUCUCUGACCUGACCCAAAAAGCUGAUGGAGUUUUGCAGGAUCUGAAGGCCUCUCAGCUCAGCAGGGAGCUUGACACUCUGAUCGCUGACACCAUGGCAGAGCUGACCACAUACAGAGAUGAAAUCCAGACCAAGCUGGGCCCCUACGCUGAUGCUGGCCAGCUGACUCAGGACAUGCAGCUUCUGGCCCACAGACUCCAUAAGGACAUGAUGGAUGCCAAGGACCGCGGCACUGAUUAUCUGGGUGAGCUCAAGACCAUGAUGGAGCAGAACGGCGAUGAUGUCCGCAGCCGCAUCAACACCUACACCCGCAAGCUGAAGAAGCGCCUGAACACAGAUACUGAGGAGAUUCGCAACACUGUGGCCACCUACCUGGGUGAGAUCCAGUCCCGCACCUCCCAGAACCUGGAGGCCGCAAGGGAGCAGGUUGUGCCCUACGUCCAGCAGGCCAGUGACUCCGCCACCAAGAAGCUGAGCGACAUGUCCUCCCUGCUGAAGACCCAGGCUGAGGGCUUGGGACAGCAGCUGGAGACCCAGGCAGAGGGCAUCCGGACCCAGCUGGAGGCCACCGCCCAGGAGCUGCGCACCUCCCUGGAGGGCAAGAUCGACGAGCUCGCCAAGCUGUUCGCCCCCUACACCGCUGAGAUCCGUGAGAAGUUUGAGACCAUCGUGGACCAGGUCAAGGAGACCGCCACCGCCUAAAGAGAGAGACUCUGAGGGUCUUUAAAGGGUUUUAGAUGGUUGGUGGUCCACUGUUUGUAGCAAGAGGGAUGUGUAAACCACUAAUUUCUUUAGACCCUGACAAAGAUGGGAAAGGGGGGAGCUGAGAGUUACAGAUCUUCGUUUGGGUGCUCCAUGGUUCAGGAUAAGGGGGUUGGUGAGAUGAAGGAGGGAGGAUGUGUGGGACAGAACAGUCAGCAGAUAAACUUCUGUUUGGGUUCUUCUGCACAGUCACCCUUUCUUAUCUUAUCCACUCGCUUCACUGAACACCAGCACCCCACACAGCCUUUAAUACACCAGGAGACAAUUAUUUGUAAUAUGCUUCGCUUUUCUACUUCAAAUUAACUGUUCUUGCUGCCUAUUCCCCAAGUUUUUUUUGUCUUGAGUAUCCUACAUUUUGUUUGGUUGUAAAUAUAACUCAAUGGGCAGGCAUUCCAGCCCGAAUCAUCCCUGAAUGCACCAAACACGAGUGUCUUUCAUUUCAAUAAAUGCACUGAAUUUUUCUAAAGGUGAUACUGGACCAGUGCCCUUCUGUGUUGUCUGCAUUUCCUGUUCACAGAGGAGUGACAUGUAAAGUAACUCCGUGCAGUUAUGACAAUCAGUUUGACCCUUGUGUUCCACAUGUCGUUUGUCCACCAUGCUGCUCGCUGUCUGUGCGCCGUCUGUGCUGCAGUGUGUUGGAAAGUGCUGAAUGAAUAAAGAACCUAGAACCUAA